AUGUUAUUUAUAUUAUUCAUUAUCCAAUCAAUAAAUGGUUAAGUAUGUGAAACAGCUGAUCAAUUUUAUAAUCCAUUAGCAUCAAAAUGUGAAGCAUGUCCAGCAGGAACUGGAUUGAUAAGUAAUUAGGUAAAAUAGAAAUUUGAAUAUUAAAUAUUAGUGUAUUUGUGAUUCAACUAUAAAUGGUGUGCCUGUAAAUUCAGUCUGUCCUGCAGAAACUAAUUUAUGUGUAAGUGAUACAGGAUCUUGGUAAAACUCAGCUUGUUCAUGUUCUGGUCAUGCAAUUACUCUUCCUACAAAUAUAUGUUAAUAAUGUCCUAAUAAUUAAAUAAAUGUAAGUGGGAAAUGUUCAUGUUCAGGAUCUUCAUUCGCAAGUGAUAAUUAUUGUGUUAACUUAUAUGUGAAUGUGUUUUCAGAUGAUAUAGCUUAAACAUUAGGACCCAAAGCUUAUGAUGGAUGUAAUCUUUAUAAUGAUAUGGUAUCUUGUUAAUAAUUGGCAAAUUUAUUCAUUUUGAAAAGAUCAACAGUGAGUACAGAAAAAGAUUUUAACUAUUUAUAUAAUGCAGUUCUUACAUUUUAAAAUAAAAAGAAUAUGCCAAACAUAAUACAUGAAGCAUCCACUACUGUUACAUCUGUAACUUUAAUUGAAAAUACUCCUAUUUAAAUGUAAGUGAAUUUUAAAGAAGACAGAGCUAGUAGUCUUAAUAAAAUUCCAUUUUAUGUUAUGGAAUAUUAUAUUGAUGGAAGUGUUAGUGAAUUAAAACCACUUUAAAAUUAAUUUUAAUUGUGUAGUACUAGUUAUGGAGAUACUGAUCUAGCAUCCAAUUUUGGAGUAUCUUACAAAAAUGAGUAAAUAUUAAUAUUAAACAUUUUAAGUUGUGAUGUUGAUUUUACAAAAUAUUUAGAUAGCAAUUAUAAAACAAUAUUUUAUUCUGUAUGGAUAAAAGAUAUAGAUGGAAGUUUCAUAUAAGUACCAAUUAAAAUAGCUGAUUAUGAUGGUAAUGGAAAUGGAGAAACUGAAAAUGAAUAUGGUUAUACAAAUACAAAAUUUUUAUGGAGAUUUUUUAUGGUUGAUAAUUUAAAAAGUCCAUCAGAAAUAAUUUAUGCAAAAUAAGUUAGAUUAAUUAGUUAUUUGUCUACAUAAGAAGAUGAUAAAACAUUUCUACCAUAUUUUUAUAUUAUUUAUAGUGAACCUAUUACUAUCACAAGUAUAGAGACUGAAAAAUAUUAUCCUGUUAAAUAUGGUCAUUAUUAUUAUUAAGCAAAAACUAGUUUUUAUACUGUUGCUUCAGCUUUAUUGAUUGUUGCUCAUGUAUUCAUUAUUAUUGUUUGGUUUAUAAGAAUAUAUGUAUGGAGUAAGAGGAAUCCCUCUUAUACAGGUUAAAAUGAUUGGUGUAUGUAUUUGACAAUCAAAUCAUUUUAUGUUUUAUUAGAUACUUGGGCAGAAGUAAUCUUUUAUUAUUUGGCCAUAUUUACAGGAUAUUUAUUUUGUUUCUUUAAAUUUUAAUAAACUAUUUAUAUUUUGAUGCCUGAUCUUUCAGAUUAUGCUAAUAAUUAUAGACCAUUUGAAAUCUUAUUUUAUAUGAUGUUUGCUUGUAGAUUGAUAUCAAUGUUCAAUUUAAUAUUAAGAUAAGCUGAUGUUUAAGUAUUCUUUAUAGAUUGGGAAAAAUCUGAAGUUUUGAGACCAAGAGAAUUAGCAGAAAAACUAGAUAAUAAUAUAUUGAGAAUGGUUGAAUAAGCUUAAUCAAAAUAAAGUGCAUGGAGAAUGAUAUUAAUAGCUAAUGAAUUUAAUGAAUUAUAAAUAUAUAGAAUAGUUAGUGUUGAAUGGACUUUACUAUUUGUAGGAUUCUUUUUAGAAGGAUUAUAAUGGAUUGAUUUAGGUUAAGAAUAACCAAAUUUAUAAUUAGAUAAAACUAUUCCAAAGAAUUAUGUUCUAUAAUAUUUUUUAUGUACAUUUUUAUAUAUGGCAAUUGGAUUAGCUUAAAUUAGUAUUAUAUUAUAUUCAUAAUAAAUUUAGUUAUAUAAAAACUAUUUGAUAUUUGGUUUCCCAUACUGGUUGAAGAUUUUGUUGAUUUAUGUGCAAUAUCUAAUGUUUCCAUACUCAUUUUGGAUGAUGUCUUACAUGGAUAUUAUAUUCAUGGAGAAAAUCCUAUUGGUUAUGCUGAAGGUUCAAGUGAACAUCUUGCUAAUUGUUUACAUUAUGAAGCAUUAGGUAAAGGGAAGAAAAGAGGAUUUAUCCAAGAAUCAUCUUUAUAACAUUAAGAUGAUGUAGAUCUUUAAACUUUUGAAUUGUUUUUACCUAUGAGAUUUAGAGAAGCAUAUGAAAAAGUUUAUAAUUAAGAACUUAAAUAAAAAACAGAUAAUGCUCAAUAUUAGAAUUAUAAUGAAAUGUAUUUAUUUAUGAUUAUUAAUUUUUAGUCGAAUUUUAAGAUAGGGUGUUCCUGAUGGUUUAGAUAUGGCCUUAGUAUAAACAAUUAAAGAUACAUUCUCCUUUUAUCUUAAGGAUGUUUUGACUUAAGUAUUUCUAAUAUUAAUAUUAGGUACGAACAAAUUUUGCAAAAUGUGUCAGAGACAAAUUGCCUGUUCAAAGAUUCUUUGAUUAUCCUCCUGCUGAUUUAGAGGAAGGUUAUUUCAAAGAAUAAAGUAUGCCUGUUUUCUUCAGAGAUCCAGAUCAAUCAUUUAAAUCCAUGUUCUUUUGUGGACAUGAAUUUUUUUUCUUGAUUACAGAUACUAUGAUCUUCAAUUUUUGGAUGAUUCUCACCAAUAACACAUACCUUUCAUUGAUGUUAACUUAUUUGAUUUCAGCUGGAAUAUUUAAUUUCCGUUAAUGGGUAGGAGAACGUAAUUUAGCUGAUCAAUCUAAAAUCGAUUCUAGAUUCUUAAUAUGA